UCAAAUUCAAAGAAAUGAAUUUCUUUUAUCUCAUGCUUUUUAUGCCAAUAAUUAUUUAUUACCAGAUUUUCGAGAAAAAACUCAAGAAAUUGGAAUUAAGAAAACAAAUUAUGAAGGUGGUUUAGUUCUUGAUCCAAGAAGAGGAUUUUAUAAUAAAUUGGUUUUAUUAAUGGAUUUUACCUCUUUAUAUCCCAGUAUAAUAAUAGAAUACAAUUUAUGUUUGAGUACAAUACCUGGAGCAACAACGUGCAUUGAUUAUCAGGAAUUAAAAAUACCAGAAUCGAAUUCAGAACUUGGUAUAAUACCAAAAGAAAUGUAUAAAUUAAUUAAAUAUAGAAAACAACUGAAAGAAUUAAUGAAAUCACCGUGUAUUUCGUCGAGUUUAAAAAUGCAAUAUAAUACCAAGCAAUUAGCUUUGAAACUCAUGGCAAACAGUUUAUAUGGCUGUUUAGGUGCACCAAGUUGCAGAUUUUAUGCCAAAGGAUUGGCUGCUUUAAUUACCUCAAAAGGUAGAAAAAUUCUAUCCAAUACAAAAUCUCUGAUCGAAAGCAUGAAACACCAAGUCAUUUAUGGUGAUACCGAUUCUGUAAUGAUCAAAACUGAUGUUCUUGAUUACGAUAAAGUUAUUUCUAUUGGAAAUAAGAUCAAAGAAGAAGUAAACAAAUCCUUUAAACAUAUAAAACUAAGUAUUGAUAGCCAUUAG